AUGAGUGAGGAUGUGUUCGUUGUUGUUAAAUAUGAUUAUGAUGCGCAAGAGGAGGGUGAACUUUCGAUUCGAAAGAACGAACGACUCAAACUCAUUGAUGAUACAAAGAAUUGGUGGAAAGUGGUAAAUGAAGAAGGUAUCGUCGGUUUUGUGCCAUCGAAUUAUGUGCGCAAAGAAUCUUUUGUCGAGAAAGCAAAAGGAACAAUCAAAGGUUUUGGGAAGCCGAAAUCAAAAGCGAAAUUACCCGAUUUUAAUCAGGCAAGUCUUUUUGCUUCGUCUUCGGAAGUCCUCAUCAGCCGUCCUGCUUUAGCAGCUGUUUCUGGGAACGGUGGUUUUGAAAACGGUUUUGACAGAUCAUCAAAAGUUGGUGGAGUAUUGUCACAAGCUGUUGCCAAAUAUUCAUACGAUCCGCAACGCGAAGAUGAACUAAGAUUGUGUAAAGGUGAUGUGGUAACAGUGUUGGAGAAAAGCUCAGACGGCUGGUGGAAAGGAAAGGCUCACAGCGGACUGAUAACGUCGCCUUUGCAAAGGGUCCUCGAAGUGGUGGUAACGCUGUACUCCUUCGAAGCCCAGAAUACCGAAGAAUUAUCUUUUCGUAAAGGUAUGCAUCAAUCGAUGUUUAUAAGCUAA